AUGACAAACCCUGACGUCGAUAAUCUGGAUUGGUUGCAAGCAUAUCUGCCGAACCGAACCAGUAAUGCUGCUCCUAGCUACAAUGCCAUGGAAAGCCGUGGGCCUCAGCCGCAUCCAGCAUUCAAUGAUGCAACACAGAUUGCUCAUGGUGCGCUGAUGCGGUCUCAACAGAGUCAUUAUCCAUACAACACGCCCUCAUAUCCUUCGGCCGAGACGAAUCGUGGUUUGACCUCAUCUCAAUUUGGUCACAAUUCACAAGGACAACAUGAUGGGCCCCAAUACAGAGACAGCCAGAGACAGCAAUAUGUCAGACCGGCUGAUAUCAACCCUCCCACCUUUUAUCAGCCUGAUGUCUCCGGCCGGUCGUCUGCUUCCAGCUCGCCCUCAAUUUCGACGCGACCAUCUCAGCAGACCCCGCAGCCACAGACCCAAAGGUCCUAUCACCCGGCAACUCAGCAAGUGGCAUCACGCAGUUCGUACCAGAACCAGGCUCCUGUAUCCCAGCCUGAAUCUCGGCAAGCACAAACACCCCAACAAUCAACAACCUGUCGACAACCGAUCUCGCUGAGCACCUACCCGAGUCAGUACCAAAAUCAGUCUCCUGCAGCCUCCUCCGAAUCUCGCCAAGCGCAAAACCACCAUCAGCUAGCAGGCAAUCGGCAGGAGACCUCGCGCAGUCCAUAUCAGAGCCCGUACCAGAAUCAGUCACCCGCACCCUCGGAGACCCCUCGAAGGUCUUCUACAUCUCCUGCAGGUCAUUCGAACAGAGGCAGCCCCUUUAUAGCGCCGGGAAAUACAAGACCGGUGACAUCAGGCCAAAAAUCCCACACGCCGGUCACCAACCCAGUGCCGUUGAAGAGCCCGCAGCAGAACCCGGCCAGUGCAUCUACCCAACCUGCGCCUAAAUUGGCAACGUCCACUUCGGUGUCAGACCAGCCAAGCUCAUUUAUGAGCUCGGAGACUUUUAAUCCCAUGGUCUCUCCUAGAGGUUUCAAUACCUCUGCGAGCCGCAGUACCUUGGAACCCCGUUCACUCGUUGGAAAGGGGUCCGCAACUCCGGCCUCCGCACCUCUCGCCUCCAAAGUCUCGCAGGCUUCUCCUCAAGGCUCUUCUGCAACUACGAAACCCGCAAUUGUUGCUGCAGCCACGCCCCCUACUUCGACGCAGGAACUGAACACCACCAUGCCAUCUACAGCUCCGGCAUCGACUUCGGUUACAGUCCAUUGCCAUCAGGCCCCGUCGGGAAUAACGCCCGUUUCUGCCACAACCACAAGCCCGUAUUUCCCUGGGAAACCUCAUUCACGGCCCGUGUCUACCGGCAAGCGCGGGCGGCCUCGAAUAUACCCGUCUCCGGAGCCUCGUGCGAAGCCACCGGGGCCUUCAAAAGCAACAACGUCAUCCAUCUCUACUGCUGCUUCCCAGCCGCCAACCGUUAGCUCGUCUCCUGCCUCUAAUUCAGAACAACUGCGAAAAUUGCCACCACCGGAAGGUUCGAAUCUUGCUGGGUCUCGACUACCAGCCGCCCCUACCCCUCCCAGGACGAUGAAUGCAAGGCCUCAACACGUUUUGCACUCGUCUCAAGCCAUGCCUCCGAUUGGAACAUCCGGGGCUGCGUCAGUCAUUCAGAAGACGGGAACUCCCAGCUCCCAACCCGGCUCCAUUCAACCUAAUACCCAUCCGAAGUUACCGCCUACAUUCCCAGUCACGCAGCCUUCUUCUAAGCCGAGUCAUGGGCAACCGCCUAACAAGGUCCGCCGCAUACUCUCUCCCGGUGGCCCCACUACGCCUUUGUCUGAGCCUCCGAGCAAGAUCGAUCUGUCGCGAUAUCCAAACCCUGCUUCAAGCAGCCAUGUCAAACUUCGGACCGAUCUUUGUCAGAUUCUAGACAAAAACGAUGCAGCUCGGAAGGAAGAAUAUGACGCGACGACGAUCGCUCGGGAUGUGUUGAUCAACGCGAAUAGACACCCGACUGAGAAGCAUCUGAAUCAUCAUCUGGAGAAAGUGCGCAACAGCUUCUCGCUUGACUUGCGAGUGGACCUAGCCACUUUCCGUUGGGAUCUAGUUGAUGCCCCUAGGGAUCGGGUUCAUGUCCCUGCCAAGCCGGUAGGGUCACAUGAUCAUGGAAUGCGACCUGAGGCCGCUCAGUAUUAUAGCCCACUGGCCGCGUUGCCGUUCAAACCCCAUUCAUAUCAUUCUCGUCCAAUUUCACCUUCGCCACUUCCACCCGUUCGAUCCACCCCUGUUCCCUCUUCGAAGCCUCCUCAACCUCCUACCCAACCUCCUGCUCAACCACCUAAGUCGCAUCCUCCCCCGCCUUCACCCAAGACCACACCGACACGGAAGCGACCGUUGCCUACUGAGGCAAGGCCAACGUCGGCCCAGGUUUCCCAGUCUCCUAGGACUCAUGAGCUUUCUCAGCCACAGGUUGUGAUUCCUCCGUCGCCAAACCCCAUGCCUCCUAAGAAGAAGCCUGGUCGACCUCCUGGUCGGCCCGCCGGUCGCACUCCUGGUCGACCUAAGAAGGUUGAGGUUGCUAUCACGAAGCAACCGCCUAAGCCUGCUAAGGAAGUUCCAAAAUACCAGGUCUUCUCAUGUCUCUGGGGUGGCUGUGCAGCAGAAUUACACAACCUAGCGGCACUCCAAGGUCAUAUUUUGAAGGUUCAUGUCCCUCAUAACAUGUAUUGCGAGUGGAAAGAAUGUGAACGUCCAGGCCCUAUGACCGCUUCAAACCUGUGGGAGCAUGUCCACAAGACACACAUGGAGCCGGUGGCGUGGGAACUGGGGGAUGGACCAGUGGUGCCUGGAAUCGCGGACAAGAAACUCCAGGGCCCGCCCUUCAGCCCGUCCUUCAGCCCUCUGACCAGUCACAUUUCACGCAAGCCCGCUAUGAUUUUGCCAGCUGACCCCAGCAUGAUCAAUGCAUUCAGCCGGGUGCAUGGUACUACUGUGAUGGUCCACAAGGCUAAAGCUUUUGUCAAUGGUGGAUCACACUGGAAACAACAGACUGGGCCUGAGGUGGAUCAGAGUGACCGGAAGUUGUCUACCCCAUCUCGACAGUACAAGGCCGAUGACAAAGAUGUGGCAUGUCUUACAGUCUAUUGA